GAUGGCGUGGCGCGCCUUAACUAAGUGGGACCAGUUCCCUCGCGGUUUUGCCUGCGCAGCUGCAGGAGGUGAGCGCGCAGCAUUUCGCGGCCCCCUUUUCCGCGCAACUUGGCGGAGCCUUUCCACUUUGGGGGGCAGCGUGCUUACGACCAGACUAAACUUGAGGGGCAUUCGCGGCACUUGCCGGAACCUGACGGGGUGGGCCCCGAGAUGGAGGAACGGUUCCGCGAGCGCGACGAAAUGAG